CAGCACUUGGAGAGAGCUGCCGAGGCACUGGUCCCACGUCUGUUGGAUUGCGAGGGGCCAAGCUGUUCUGCAAAGUGGUGUGCCGCGGGCAGUCCCUUCAGUCACGCACCUCACCGUGUUGUACCUGGUGUAUCCCCUCAGUGGGCCGUUGGCUCCUCCCUCCUGGCCUCUCACUGGGCCUGGCCACUCCCCGCCUGUGAAGGGGCUGGCAACCUGCCCAGCUCUGGGGCGCCCUGCACUGUUCCCUGCCGCCUGCCGCCAACCCCUCUUUGUCCUGCAGAUGGUGCAGUCGCUGGGCUUUGCCAUCUACCGCGCACUGGACUGGGGCCUGGACGAGAGCAAGGAGCUCGAGCUCAGCCCACAGCUGGAGAGGCUCAUCGACCUCAUGGCCGACAGCGGCUGUGGGGCAGCAGACGGGGGCUACGGGGGUCCAGAGGAGGAAGAGGAGGUUGCAGGCCGUGGCUCCUGGGCCCUGCGCACCUUCUCCCAGGCCAUGCGGCUGUGCGCGGCGCGGCUGACCGACCCUCGGGGCGCGCAGGCCCACUACCAUGCUGUGUGCCGCGCACUCUUUGUGGAGACGCUGGAGCUCCAGGCCUUCCUAGCCAGGGUGUGGCAGGGCAAGGAGAUGCUCCAGAAGCUGGGGAAGGAUGAGCCUCAGGUGGAAAAGCCACUGGCAGAGCUGGACAACCUGAGACACACAGACUGGGCCCGGCUGUGGGUCCAGCUCAUGUGGAAGCUGCGCCAUGGGGUGAAGCUCAAAAAGGUACAGGAGCAAGAGUUCAAGCCCCUGCCCACCAAGUUCCAACUCACCCCCUUCGAGAUGCUGAUGCAGGACAUCCGCGCCAGGAACUACCACUUGCACAAGGUCAUGGUCGAUGGGGACAUCCCUCCACGAGUGAAGAAGGAUGCACAUGAGCUUAUCCUGGACUUUAUCCGCUCCUGGCCUCCGCUGAAGCAGGUCUUGGAGAGAAGGCCUCCCUUGCCACAGAAGCAGAGGACCCUGCAUGACAAGAUCCUGGAAGAGAUAAAGCAGGAGCGGAGGCUGCACCCUGUGGGAGACCAGCACUUGGGCACCCAUGGGUUCGGCUCUCUGCCCUGUAUCCUCAGUGUCUGUUCUGGCGAUGUCAAGUCCACUUCCUGCAUCAACCUGUUUGUUCCCGAUGCUGGGAGCAGUGUGCAGCGCUCGUUACCCAGAGUCCUGCUCAAGGCACCCACCUUGGCUGAGAUGGAGGAGAUGACAACAUCUGAGGAAGAAGAGUCUCCCUGUGGGGAGGUGGCACUGAAACGGGACCGCUCUUUUUCUGAGCAUGACCUGGCCCAGCUCCGUAGUGAAAUGGCCUCUGGCCUGCAACCAGCCACACAGCCCCCAGGAGGGACGGAGCCACCCCAGCACCGAGCAGGCAGCGUGCACACCUGGAAACCCAGCACCCGAGACCAGGGCAAGUGCUGCUCCCACCUCCUGCCUGACCUUCCCCUCAGAUCUGCCCAGGGCAGCUCAGCAGACAGACUUGAGGCUUCUGCACCAGACGUCAGGCACCUGUGGUUGGAUUUCCACCACCCCGUGGAGAGCCUGGCCCUGACUGUGGAGGAGGUGGUGGGUGUGCGUUGCGUGCUGGUGAAGGCCGAGAUGGAAAAGUUCGCCCAGGACUAGGAGCUCUUCAGCAGCCUGAAGAGGGGGAAGAUCUGCUGUUGCUGCCAAGCCAAGUUCCCACUCUUCUCCUGGCCGCCCACCUGUCUCUUCUGCAAGAGAGCCAUCUGCACUUCCUGUAGCAUGAAGAUGAAGAUGCCUUCUAACAAGUGUGCACACAUCCCUGUCUACACACUGGGUUUUGAGAGUCCUCAGAGGGCACCCACUGCCAAAACCGCGAGGGCGCCAAGGCAAGACGUCUUCCAAUCCCUGCAGGGGCCUCAGUGGCGAAGUGUGGAGGAGGAGUUCCCCCACAUCUACGCCCACGGCUGCACCCUGAAGGAUGUCUGCAGUGACUGCACCAGCUUCAUGGCCCACGUCAUGCGCUCCAGCUGCAAAAUUGUGGAUAUUCUCAAUGCCAUGCCGCGCCGCAGCUGCCAGACUCAGUACCUCUACGUCCCCAGCAACAGGACUCUUGACUUCCAGUGAUGGCCUAAGGUGGCCAGGCCUUCAGGAAGGGACCUGGCUCCAGCCUGCUCCAGGCUGAGGCUCUGCUCCCAGUGCUGGGCCCGGCUGCCCACCGUGCUCCUGAGUUGUGCAUGGACAUAUACAUACCAGAUGCCUUUAUAUAAUAAACCCCUCCAAGACCCUG